GGAAUAGAAAGAGGAAAAUAUAACCAAGUGAAUUUCCGACUAUCCGAAUAUUUUCUUUUGGCAUAUUUUUUACUUUGCUAAAAGGGCCAACUGGUUAAGACGAUAAGAUGGCGCACUCUGCGGGAACCAAUAAGGACUACAAUAUGAAACUAAUUGACACUCUGUACAGUCAGGUGCCUGCGUUUACCGACGUCUUCGACGAGGAAACCUGGUAUAUAUUCGUCGUCUGCUUUGUGGCCGGGACUUUCGUGGUCGCCUUCAUCCUGUCGAGAUUUAUAACUCUUAAACCGGUCGAGUGAAACCACUUCGCGGUGUUUCUCCUCCCUCGUUUUCAUCUCGACUCUCGUAUAAUUUCACGUUGUUAACCAUUGUUAAUAGAAUUCUUCGUCAGAAUUUUAAGCGCUUGCACGUCACUCGUUUUUUUUUUCACAAUGGUAUAUUUUCGUCGCGAAUAAAUUUAUCCAAUGAGUUUCUCGUGUCAGUAGUAAUCAAUGAUCCAUGAAAUUUCUACUUGCUUAUCCUUAUCCAUGACUGACGUUACCGAAUUCAUUUUGAACUAUGGAUAAGAACCGUAUCACGCUGUGAACUGAAAUCACCAGAAAUAUGAGCAUUAAGGCUUAUUUCAAUUUUCGUUGAUUCUAUACUUAGAUCCUCACUGUGUGAUGUAAAUUGAAUAAAUUUAGAAACAACAAAUUUUUACCAUCUAGUUUCAUCGCUUGUCUGUACUAUUGUUUCUGUCGAUGUUAACCAAGAUCGAGGAGGCUUCGUACUCUUUCGCAAUAUUUUUUAAUAUGGAUUCCGUGUUCCAAGAAGCAUCAAGAUUUGUUUUUAUAGCAUGAAAAAUAUCCCCCUUUUUUUUAUUAAUUGAAUUCCAGAAACGUGUAUUUAACUGUCACGCACCUCUUGAUGUUAUAUACAUAUUUCAAUGCCAAUAUUCUGCGUUCAUACACGUAGUUAAUAAAUUUCCUUCUAAACCCAUGAGAUAAUACAGUUUUCCUCGCGAAGAUGUCAAAGUCCCUCUUCUCUAUGGAAUAAAUAUGUAUCAAAUAUA